AUGGUAGACGUGCUUGUGCUAGUUCCCGUGCUCGUGCUGGAAGUUGUGCUAGUGCUAGUUCCCGUGCUUGUGCUGGUAACCGUGCUCGUGCUGGUAGUUGGGCUUGAGCUGGUAACUGUGCUCGUGCUCGUACCGGUGCUCGUGGUGGAAGUUGUGCUCGUGCUGGUAGAUGUGCUCGUACUAGUUCCCGUGCUCGUGCUGGUAGUUGUGGUAGUUGAGCUAGGCGACGAAGUGGACGACGAUGUCGACGUGCUAGUUGAUGUCGGUGUCGUACUAGUCGAUGUCGAUGUCGAUAUCAAUGUCGAUGUACUAGUUGAUGUCAAAGUUGAAGUCGACGUUGAUGUCGGUGACGUCGUCGAUGAUGUACUAGACGAUGUCGAUGUCGAUGUCGACGAUGUUGUUGUUGGCAAAAGGCUGCUGGACGAAGACGAAGUGGUGCUGGUCGAUGUCGUCGAAGUCGCAGGAUACGUGAGCGUGGUUGUACUCGUGGUUGUAAUAGUGGUUGUGCUAGUAGAUGACGUGUAA